CACGUAGUACUCGGUCAACUACAGUCGAGUCGAAAGUUGACAAGGACCUAGCCUGUCUCUACGACUCGCAGUUGUUGGAGCUGUGCUACGGUCUCAGUCGGAGUGCUGCGAGACCACCUUGUUCAUCCGAAGACAGACCUGCUUCCGAAGAGCAGAUACGACACUUGCUGCGGUUGAAGGCAGACCCGAAUCGGUCGGUGAUUGGGGAUGGAGAACACAGAACAUCUACAUCAUUCGGGUCGCCAACUACAAGUACAACAAUAAAUGCCAACGACGUCGCACUCGCCAUCGCUGAGGGACGCAUGAUGUUUGAUCAGGCACACCGUGGACAAACCUGUUUGCACUUGCUGUCUCAGAUUAAGGUUUGUGUCGAUAAUUGCAUGCACAUUCCAUGUUGCCGUCGAUAUGAGCUGCAGGCUUUUUUACAACAGGAGGGCAUGCCAUAUUACGAGGAACCGGUUCUACGGCACUGGGCUAUAGAAACCAUGUUGGUAGUUGUCCUCCGAGUUUUCUUUCCUCUAAUCCAAGGGAUGACCUAUUGCCGUUCGUCCGAGUGCUCGUGGAGGAAGGUGGGGCAACGCCAUUUGCCUUAGACGCUCACAAUAACACGCCUCUGCUGACUGCUUUACGCUGUAAGGCUCCGCGUGUGGCAGGCUAUCUUUAAGGGUUUAGGGAUUUCAUCGUCCAACGCGUGGGAAGUAUUUGAGAUAGAAGUCAAACGGAACAACUUCUAACAUGGAAAGAGAUUCAUCAGUGUAUGUGUCCGUUGAGACUGUACAUUGAUGAUUUGAAUCUAUUCGGCGAGCUGCCUAAGAUUUCCCAGGCGAUGAGACUGUGCAUUAUCUUCUGGGAUAAUAUGAUCGAUUGAAGACAACCGCCAGGACGAUGGAAGUGUCAUUUUCAGUACUUGUUAUCCCUCGAGCUAGCAGCCUUUUACUGGGGAGAUCGAGAAGCCGCUUUGUUGUCUUCUAGCACAGGUCAAGCUGGUAGUCUAGCACAAGAAUCAUCUUCAGGAGAAGGAGAUAUGACUGUAGGAGGCUUCAUAGGAGGUUUCUUUAGCGACAUCGCGGCAAACAUUGGCGCGACAUUUGGUCAAGGCCGGCCUUCACGACAUGGCUUCCUCUUUGGAGGAUGGGUUGAGAAACAGCAAGGUGCACUUGGGUGUCAAGACGUAGAUGGACUUAGAGAGGGUGGAAAUAUUGGAGAUGACCGAAAUGGAAAUGCUUCUUCUGCAGUCCUGCUUGCGGCCCGUCGUGCAGCAGAAGCAAGAAAGGCGCGAGGACGCUGGGUGCUUGCGCUUCUGCAAUUAAGGCGGAUCUGUGUGAGCAUUGACAUUGGUGGUUCAUUAUUUGAUAAUCCUAGGAAAGACAUCAUCAAAUGAAAUGUAGGAUAUGUACCUACCACGGCUUCUAUUAAUAUUUUUCUUGGUACUAAUGUACUACCUACCACUACUUCUUUCUAAUAGGAAAUGUACCUAGGGCAUUCACGACAGCAUCUGAGCGCUCUUUCUAAUACUCUUGGUAACUGAGGAUGAUCAUGGUUUGCAGAGCCUUCUCCCAAAAGUGUUGGCCGCUCGUCCGAGGACACUAUCCCUAGAGACAGCGGUCUGCAUUGGCCGUAGACUCGUGAUCUUCUGUCUCAAAAACAGCUUCGAUUGUGCAGGAGCCAUUAAGGGUUACAGUAAUUCAUCUUACGAAGAAUCUUCUUUGACCCCGUUUCUCGGAAGGGAAAGAAAUGACGGCAAAGAUGCUUUUCAAGGUGAAUGCAAGCAAGUUCUAAAGGAUGUGUAAGAACUAGUACUGCCAGGAGUAUGACGGGAGAAAACGACGCACAUCUAGGUGCGAGUCCGUUGCGACGCCAGAUACGAACGAGGACGCAGCACGCUCUUGAAAUUUUGUUGUCGGGUGAUAGCGCAAGGAGUUUGGGAGUAACAAUGCCACAUGAGGAUGAGGUCAUCAAGGAGAUGGAAGAAAUUCAAGUAUCACCUACAUCUACUUCUUGCGCAGAAUCGCCUCUCGCUGACGCUUUAGACGUGGUGACGCACCAUAGCGCUAGUUAUCUCGCCGUGUCGCAGUUGCAAGAUUCGCUGUACUAUGGCGCUUUGGUGCCAGCAGGGGGUCGAAAAUUGAACGAAAGGGCCUUCUGGGAAGCAAGGUGCUAUGGGAUACUACAUUAAGGGACGUGUUAAUUCCUCCUUCUGGGCAGCAUCAACCAGCUAUGGGAUACUUCUACAUCAAGGGCUUUACGAUUUUUGUCAUGUAUUGCUUUAUCUCUAAAGAUAAGCAGCAGCGUCCGGCGACCGAGUUGGACUACAGCGGCUGUUUGCAGCCAUACAGAAAAUAACAACAUCUAGUUCUAGUAGUACAACCAGUAAUGAAAAUUAUGAACAAAUUGAAAUCAUACUCGAUGUUGAACGACAAAAAGAAGGACGACAAAAAGAAGGACGACAAAAAGAAGCAGAAGUAGGACGAGAUGCAUAUGGAGGGCAAGUAGAACAAGAACUUUCUCCUCAAAAUCAACAUCACGAGGAGGUUGGACACUUGAGGAUUCUGCUGCGCCAAGCACUUUGCUUUCGAGACAGUAAAGAGGGGAACAGUGCACUGCAUUGGGCGGCUAUGAAUGACCAUCUAGAAACCUGCCAGGCUUUGUUGCGGCUUUUUCCUGAGUUGCUUCUCUUAUGGAGGCGGAACAGCACCAUAUUUAUUAAUUUAUUAAUGUUAAUCAACGAUGUUUCUUUUCGGUUUUUGUUUUUUCUAGUUAGGUAUGCUCCACCAACGAUAUUAAUCAAUGAUGUUUGUCUUUGUUGUUCUUCUUGUUGUUUUCUUCAGCUUUUUCGUUUUGGAACAAAUGUUGCGUUGCGUUUCGUUUUGGAGUAACAUUCGUAGAACAUCACAAGAACAAACAUUACAGUACCUGCUUUGUGAGGAAAUUCUCAUGGUGUUUCAAGAACAUCGCCCGUGAUACCACUAAUUCUUCUCCGUAAUGAUAAAAAUCGGCUUCCUGGUCAGUUAGUGCGGCGAACGAAUCGACCCCUACGCAGACUCUUCAAGCAGUUUGCCGAAGCCCUGAUUGAAAAAGCAGAUCAUGGAGGAACUGAGCUGCCGGAUAUGAAAGUUAGGACUGAGUAGAUUGAAGAUUUUCGAUGGAUAGUCGCAGUAAUCGGCGCAGUAAUGUUCCUCGAUAUGAUGCUUUUUUCAAAAGUGGGAACAUUGCCUUGCAGAGGUCCAAUAGUUCUCCUAUCUAGCAGAUCUGGAAGGGCGUAAAGAGAGCGAAUAAAUCCUCGCAGAGGUUACACGAGUCCGCCAUGACAGUGUAGGAGUUUUUUCCCACGCUCCUCUAAAGCAAAUAUCGGCGCAGUAAUGUUGCAGUCUGCUACUGGAGGGGCUGACUUCGAAUUCCCGACAAGAGAAACCUGGGAGAUGACGGCAAGUGAGCGCAAACGGAACAUAGAGCUUUUCAACGAUGCGGUUGGAGAAGAGGCAGCUAGGUUGCUCGAUUACAGCUUUAUGGAAGAUCAGCCUGGGAGAAGAAGGCUGCCUAAUAUGAAGGUUGAGGACGUAGCCGCGAUAACUGCACCUGAAGUUAAGGCUUCCCCUGAUCCAUCUCACUCUGCUUUAGGGAUUUCCACAGGGAUGAAUGAGGGAGCGGUCUAAUGCCGCGGUUGUUGAGCAGAAUGUAGUAGACGAGAAUCCAAGAACAGAAGAGAAGCCGCAAGAUGCUUCUCCUGCCAGUAUCGCUUCUUCCGUUUCUUCUACGGAGUCAGAAGCAGAAUUGGAACCAAUACCGCCGUUGGCUGGCCAUGUGAUCGAACCAGAUGGUUUCUUGCGUUCAGGACACGCGUGUUUAGAAAUCGAAAUUGUUGCCUGUGUGGGGUUGCCACCGCCUCCGGGUCUUUUGUUUGCGUGCUCGUCUUUGGAAGAAUACGCAGACGUCGGAUUCUAUGUCGAAAUCGUCUAUCCAGGACAGCGUUCGCGGAAAACACCGGUAAGCUAUACUUUACCACCUGCUACCAUGGAGAUUCCGAGUAGUUCCAGAAGUUCUACGAAUGCUGUAAGAACUGGAAAGGACAAUGGAAAUGAGCGUUCCUAUGGCAGUACAACACAAGCACAACUUCAAGUUCAAGUAGAUGAUGAACAAGGGAGAGCAGCACCACAGUUCGUCCCUGCUGUUUCUUCCACAAAUUACGGGUAGGUUGAAGGCGUUUCUCUUGCCGUUUGUCUUGCCUCUCUCCCUUAGGAAGAGAAAGGCAGAUGAACAAACGGGAAACAGAAACACCAAAUAAGAGGUCUAAGCAAAGCCUUCCUCGUCCUCUCCUUCGCGCAACAGGGAUCGUCGUUUUCUACAUCGUGGCUUCGGUGGUCGCGGUCGGCGGGUCUUUCGCCUCCCAUGGCCUCCAGAUACCACGUUAUCAACAGACAAUAAAGCAGAAGACGAUCUCCGCUUACUAGUUCAUCAUUACGACAGCAGCAUUUUCGGUGGCGACAACUUCAUUGGCGGAGUUUGUAUUGAUCUUUGUUAAGGCCGCUUGUUCUCCUAAACCUCCAUCAUCUCUACUAUGUAUGGGUACUUAUCCCCGAAGAAUAGAAGAGAGAUGAUGGCGCACAUUCUUGAGGGAUUUCCACACGGACGAACUGGGGAGAGGUCUAACUUUGGCGGGAUGAGAAGUUGCGGGAAAUAUGCGCCAGAGAUGGACGGUCUAGGGUGCAGAGCAUACCUUAUACACGAAUUUGGCGCGAUCUGGAGAAAAUGGAGGAGGAGAAAAUUUAAGGCCUAUUGUUCCCUUACCAUGUCUGUCAUUCUGAGAGGCUAGCAUCUUCGAAUGUUCUGCUUCAUCACUCGUCUUGAGAAACUACAUCUCCUUAGACGUGAUGUCCCUCCUUUAUUAAGACUAAGGAGCAGCUGGCGCCACUAACCUCCCUGCUCCGUUACAACGCUUCCCCCUACAACAACAACCCUUCCCAACAUCAUCUCUAAAACUAAAUAGGAAGAGCAAAGGUGGCAAUAGACGUGCGUCUGAACCCUAGGCCUCUUUUGUUAAGUCGGAAGCAGCAAAAGAUGAAGGCGAGGUCGAGCAUAGUGGACAACAGGGAUCCUUGGAGACAUCCUGGUGAACAAGGAGCUCUUUGGUUCAUUAAAAACGCUUUCAGCGCAUGAGAGAGGAACAAAGUGAAACUGGCUGAGAAGAUUAUCUUCAUAUUUAUUACAAAGUUCAUGAACUUCAUAUUUAUUACAUGACUUACUAAUGAAAGCGGCUACAAUCUAAACAAUUCAUCACUUUUCUUAUUACAAAGUUCAUUACAGUCACACUGCACACCAUUCCACGUAAUCCCAUUAAGAUGAUCAUUAUAUUUGGACUAUUGUAGUUGCGGACAGCACACCGACUGAUGUCUUACUGUCCUGAUUGUAAUAUAUAAAGUGAUGCGUUGAGACCAAGAUGUACUGGUGACGCAAAAUUGACCACGAAGUUUUUCUGU